AUGAUCAAAAACAUUGCGACAUUGGAAGGUCAAGGGUAGGGCUAAGCUAACAGCGUCAAAAGAACAGAAAACACCGAACUAAACAAAAAACACCUGUGAGGUAUGCAAACAGAAAGCGAAACUGCAGCUGCCUAUCUGUUUCGACGACAAAAACACCACAGAGAGCGUUCGCCAGUUGAUCACAGACUGCUGGCCGCCUACAACGUUCGAGGCGGGGAAUGUCUUUGGUCUGGGUCAUUUUGCUCGGUCUCCUGGCCUGUGAGAGAAACACCUUUGGAGCCCUACCCGGAGCCAAAUCCACUCACUGUCGUCUACGUAGCACUAGCCUUCCGGAGCUCAAAACAACGGCCGUUGGGCGUCAGUCAUCACAACGGCUUGUGCCCAUUACCAAUUCACAUAAAACUGCCAUAACGGAAAAGAAUCGGCUUGGUGAACCAUUUAAUAACUCUAUUUCGACAACUGAUAGGAUAAAGUACAACAUAUGGCACGCACUGAGAGCCGAUGGAAAAGAGAACCUCUAUAUACUCUUUUUUGCCAUAUAUAUUAGCUACCUUGUGUAUGUGCUAUUCUAAGUCCGUGAUUUAUUCAAUAAAAAUCAACGUCAUCGAAGGUGCCUCCUGCUA